AUGGCCGAUUCAUCCUCAAAGGCGGUUUCCGGUUCGUCAGCCCAUGAGAUGCCUCCUCCAGAGCAGGACGGGCAGCACCGACCCCCACCAGCCCCACGGCUGCCACCUGCACCCAGCACAGUGAGAAACACAGCGGGGAGACACCAGAGCUCCAUCUGCGCCCUGGCACGGCUGUUGCCUGUCCCCCCCGGCCGUGUCCCCCCGCUCUCCCCCCGUUCAGCACCGCGGACAGAUCCCGGCCCCGCUCCCAUCACGUGGCUCCCCGCCCCUAUAAAGCGCGGGGCCGGAGCGGCGCGUCCUGCGGGAGGCGCGGAGCCGGCGGAGCGCCCGAGAGCGGUUUCUGGCCCCGGAGUGGCUGCGAUGCGGGUCAGGAUGAUCUCGGCUGCCUCCGUCCUCGUCCUGCUCUUCCUGCCCUCGGAGACCUGCUCCCCGCUGCAGUGGCCCCGGGCUCCGUCCCGCAGGCUGACCCUGGCCCCCCAACUCACCUGGGAGCCCUGGAUGGGAGCCCCGAGAGCCCCGGUCCCCGGCACCGAUGCCCUGCCCCAAAGACUGUGCCUGUUCCACGGGGCAGAGCUCGCCCCGGCCCCCCGAGCCCGGCGGGCGCUGCAAACCGGCAAGAGGCGAGACGGAAAACCCAACUCGCUGGAUCUCACCUUCCACCUCCUGCGCGAGUUCCUGGAAAUGUCCCGGGAGGAGAGACUGGCCCAGAAGGCGCUCAGCAAUAAGCUCUUGCUGCAGAGUAUAGGGAAAUGAGGGAGGGUCGCUGGAGGUGGGGGAAUGAAGGAGACCGACCCCGUAACGAGACACCACGGCGGAGCGGAG